UCACGCCAGAAAGGCGCUGCUGUGGUGUCCUUCUGAGCCAGUCUGGUCGAGUUGAAAACCUCGCGACGUGCAUCCCGAGGCAGUCCAUCGCCAGACGUAGACUAUAGCGUCUCACAGAAGAGCGAUUGACAUCCGCGGCGAAAUUUGGAAUUCUCGUCGGAUCAGCGACGCAUCGACUGUUCCUUGCCCUUCCUAGCACUUUCUGAUUCGCCCAUCAAGCGCCGACUGAUCCAGCGUCGACCUGAAUCUCUGUGUGACCCGUCAUCUGUGGUACGACAGGCACGCAGACUGAGGAUCUGGCCAUCAAGUCUGUGUUGCUCCGGACCACAAAGUCAUCAUGUCCGGCGGCUCAGCAGCUCCGAAUCCGAACAGGGAGCGCACGAUCAGAUUGACAGUCGUCGCCGCCGAUGGACUCGUCAAGCGUGAUGUGUUCAGACUGCCCGAUCCCUUUGCCAUCGUCACCGUCGAUGGCGAGAACACGAAGACGACAAGCGUCAUCAAGAAAACGCUGAAUCCUUACUGGAAUGAGAGUUUCGAUAUAUCAGUCAAGGACUCGUCCGUCGUGACUGUCCAGAUCUUCGAUCAGAAGAAGUUCAAACGCAAAGAUCAAGGCUUUCUCGGCGUCAUCAAUGUCCGUCCCUCCCAGACGCUCGAUCUCGAGCUCGGCGGCGAUGAAACGCUCACGCGUGAUCUCAAAAAGUCAAAUGACGCGCUCUCUGUGAAUGGCAAGCUCAUCGUACAUCUGUCCACCAACACUAGCACGCCCAUCCGCAAUACUGCCACGCCAGCUGCUCUUUCCGGCCUGGCGAAUUCUGUAUCCUCCACGGGCACGACGAACGAGUCUGUCGCUUCUACGUCAUCCUCUACCCCGCCCGCAUCUGCAGCCGCAUCGAGCGCCGCGCUCGCAACAACCACGAGCAAUGCUCCUUCGGUCAAUACCACCGCCUCCUCUUCUGCUGCCACAGACGGAAGAGGCGAAGCGCCUUCUUUCAAUACACCCUCGCGCGAGUCCACCCAUUCGGCUUCGGGCUCGACCGGUCGUGCUGCAGGAGCGGGUAAUGCCAACUUCAAUCCUCGUGAGGAUCAACAUGGCGUCUUGCCAUCCGGUUGGGAAAGGCGUAUCGAUCAUCUCGGACGGAUGUACUAUGUCGAUCACAACACGCGCACGACCAGCUGGCAACGACCGACCACUUCCUCUGCUCCUCAGACUUCGACUGCAGGCGGAGGUGCAGUCUCCGAACCUACCGCUCGCGAACGAUCACGCAACAAUAACCGCGUGACGGCAGAUGACUUCUUGGGCGCCACAGAAUCAGCUGGCACAUCUGUACCCGCAGCCGCAAGCCGAAGUGGAGGAGCUAGUCCCGCUCCCGCCGUCGCCGCCCCUGCUGGCUCAUCUUCACGUGCUGCUACAGCAACGACGGCAGGAACAGGUCCCCUGCCCGCAGGCUGGGAACAGCGCUUCACGCCCGAAGGCAGACCUUACUUUGUCGAUCACAACACCCGCACCACUACCUGGGUCGAUCCUCGUCGACAACAGCUUCUCCGCGUCCUGGGUCCAAAUGGUAACAACGUUACCGUUCAGCCUCAGUCGGUCUCUCAGCUUGGCCCGCUGCCUUCCGGUUGGGAGAUGCGUUUAACUUCGACCGCGCGUGUCUACUUUGUCGAUCACAAUACCAAGACAACGACCUGGGACGAUCCUCGUUUACCUUCUUCGCUCGAUCAGAACGUGCCGCAAUACAAGAGAGACUUCAGACGGAAACUCAUCUACUUCCGUUCUCAGCCUGCCUUACGACCCAUCCCAGGUCAAUGCCACGUCAAAGUCAGGCGAAACCAUAUCUUUGAAGACUCAUACGCGGAGAUCAUGCGUCAGACACCCAACGACCUCAAGAAGCGACUGAUGAUCAGAUUCGACGGCGAAGACGGGUUGGACUAUGGCGGUGUUUCUCGAGAAUUCUUCUUCUUGCUCUCGCACGAAAGCUUCAAUCCUGCUUACGGUCUCUUCGAAUAUGCUGCCAUCGACUCUUACACGCUGCAGAUCAAUCCACAUUCGGGCAUCAACCCUGAGCAUCUCAAUUACUUCAAGUUCAUCGGAAGGUGCAUCGGCUUGGCCAUAUUCCACCGUCGAUUCCUGGACGCCUAUUUCAUCACGAGCUUCUACAAGAUGAUACUCAACAAGAAGAUCGCACUGACCGAUAUGGAGUCUGUCGAUGCUGAGAUCUUCAGAAGUAUGCAAUGGAUGCUUGACAAUGACGUUACAGACGUCAUCGAGAACACCUUCUCGGUCGAAGAGGACAAGUUCGGCGAAGUUGUCAUUACACCACUGAAGCCGGGUGGUGAGAACAUCCAGGUCACCGAGGAGAACAAACGCGAAUAUGUAGAUCUCAUCACUGAGUGGCGCAUUCAAAGGCGAGUAGAAGACCAGUUCAAGGCCUUCAUGAGUGGCUUCAAUGAGCUCAUUCCUCAAGAGCUCAUCAACGUCUUCGACGAGCGAGAACUCGAGCUGCUCAUCGGCGGCAUGUCGGAGAUCGACGUCGACGACUGGAUGCGGCAUACAGACUACCGUGGCUACACGCAAUCGGAUCCAACGGUACAGCUCUUCUGGCAAGCAAUUCGAUCUUGGCCCGCAGAGAAGAAGUCAAGAUUACUACAAUUUUCGACCGGCACAAGCCGAAUCCCCGUCAAUGGCUUCAGAGAUCUGCAAGGAUCGGACGGUCCUCGUCGAUUUACUAUCGAGAAAAGUGGAGAUGCACUGACUCAGCUGCCAAAGAGUCACACGUGCUUCAAUCGACUCGACCUCCCACCGUAUACUACCCUACAACAGCUCGACGAUAGACUGACGUAUUCCCUGGAGAACACCAUCGGUUUCGCAAAUGAGGUCAGUCUUUGCACGCAUUCUUUUGUGUGAAUUGCCACUCAUAUGCGAUGCAUUUCUUUUCAGUGAGCCAAACCCGAACAAAUCUGUACACAAGGAUCAUGCGCUGCUGUCUCAAUCUAUUUUUGUUUCGCUGAUUGCUGUCGAUCA